AUGUCUGUAGCUAUCAGAAAGAGAAGCUGGGAAGAACAUGUGACCCAAUGGAUGGGGCAGCCUUUUAAUUCCGAUGAUUAUAACCCAGCAUGCCAUCAUGGACUAGUAGCUGACAGCUCGCAGGCAAGUAUGGAAAAAGAUGCAACUUUAAAUGUGGAUCGCAAAGAGAAGUGUGUUUCACUACCAGACUGCUGCCAUGGCUCAGAGCUGAGAGACUUUCCUGGGAGGCCAAUGGGUCACAUUUCAAAGAAGGUGGAUGAAAAUGACAGCCCCGAAGGUGAAGAUCAGUUUCUUUCUCUAGAGGCCAGCACGGAAACACUAGUGCAUGUGUCUGAUGAGGAUACCGAUUCUGAUCCAUGUAUUACAGAUGAGAAGCCAAUUUUAACUACCCAAGGACAUAAAACAUCAGACCAACAUACUAUCAGAGGAGGAGGCUCCUUAGUAAAGACACUGCCCGUCAUGGAAGGUAACCAAAGUAACUCCUGGGGAGUGGCUGGCGGAGCUGACUUAGCACUGGUAGAAGAAAAGAGGGAGAAAAAAGCUGUUGACAUUACAAGUAAAAGCCUGGAGCUUUGUACUGAUAUAAGCUUAAGCGAAGUAAAAGAUGCAUCCAAAAUAAAUGCAUGUGACUCUUCAAAUGUGAAAGAUAUUGUGCCUGAGAAGCAAUUGCUUAAUUCGGCUGUAAUUGCUCAGCAACGAAGAAAACUUGACUUCCCUAAAGAUGAACAUGAAAGAAACACCUGCAGUGUAGUACAGGAUGAGUUCUUGGCUAUUCCUCGCAAGGGCAGAGGCCUGCCAUUAUUAAAAACAGAUUCUGGAAGCUGCCUUCUACAACCUCCUUCCUGCCCUAAUGGAAUGUCAGCUGAAAAUGGCCUAGAGAAGAGUGGUUUCUCAGAACAUCAAAACAAAAGCCUUCCAAAGGUCAACUCAGAAGAUGGCAUGCAGUGUUUACACUUAAAGGAGACUCUGGCCACCCAGGAACCCACAGAUAAUCCGGUCAGGCUUCGCAAAAGAAAGGAAAUAAGAGAAGAUCGAGAUAGGGCGCGGCUAGACUCCAUGGUGCUGCUGAUUAUGAAACUGGACCAACUUGAUCGGGACAUUGAGAACGCCCUCAGCACCAGCUCGUCCCCGCCCGGCACACCAGCAAACCUGCGGCGGCACGCUCCUGAUCUGGAGUCAGGAUCUGAGAGUGGAGCAGACACCAUUUCAAUAAAUCAGACGCAAAUAAAUUUGUCUUCUAACACCGAAUCCACUGACCUACCAUCUUCUACCCAAGUGGCCAGUUCUGGAACCAAACCCAAGUCUACGGCAAUACCAGGUAUUUCAGAGAAGGAAAAGGCUGAAAUUGAAGCCAAGGAAGCUUGUGAUUGGCUACGGGCAACAGGUUUCCCCCAGUAUGCACAGCUUUAUGAAGAGUUGUUGGUUCCGUGAAGAAUAAGAAAUUUAUCUACCCAUCAUUGGUUUCCUGUCUUUGCUAAUAUUAUUUCUUUGCUCUGUAGGCGUCUAAACACUUUAAACAAAUGUGCAGUGAUGAAGCUGGAAAUUAGUCCCCAUCGGAAGAGAAGUGAGGAUUCCGACGAGGACGAGCCCUGUGCAAUAAGCGGCAAGUGGACUUUCCAGAGGGACAGCAAGAGGUGGUCCCGGCUGGAAGAGUUCGAUGUCUUUUCUUCAAAGCGGGACGCAGCCCCCGGGGCCCCCGACGACGCGGCCCUGAAGAACGCGGCGAGCCACGAAAGCAUGCUGACGGACCUCAGCGAGCGCCAGGAGGUGGCCUCGGUCCGCAGCCUCGGCAGCACCCGCAGCCUCCCGGCGCACGCGCCCCACGCCGGGGAUGCGGCGACAGCGCGCACGAACUCCGUCAUCAGCGUGGGCUCCUCCGGCAACUUCGUGGGCAACGACGACUCUUUCUGCAGCCUGCCGUCUCCCGGGGAGCUGUCCGGCUUCGGCUUCGGCGCGAAAGGCCCCGAGAAGAGCGCCAAGUCCAAGACGCGCAGCCUGCUGAAACGCAUGGAGAGCCUGAAGCUCAAGGGCUCGCACCACGGCAAGCACAAGGCGCCUUCCAAGCUGGGGCUGAUCAUCAGCGGGCCCAUCCUGCAGGAGGGGGUGGACGAGGAGAAGCUGAAGCAGCUGAACUGCGUGGAGAUCUCCGCGCUCAACGGCAACCGCAUCAACGUGCCCGCGGUGCGCAAGCGGAGCGUUUCCAACUCCACGCAGACCAGCAGCAGCAGCAGCCAGUCGGAGACCAGCAGCGCCGUGAGCACGCCCAGCCCGGUCACCAGGACCCGGAGCCUCAGCGCCUGCAACAAGCGCGGGGGCAUGUACUUGGAGGGCUUCGACCCGUUCAGUCAGUCCACGUUCCACAACGUCUUGCAGCGGAACUUCAAGAACCGCGAGACCUACCCAGAGGACGCAGUGUUCUACGUCCCGGAAGAUCACAAGCCCGGCACCUUCCCCAAGGCCCUCUCCAGCGGCAGUUUCUCGCCCUCCGGGAAGAACAGCUCCGUGAACUGGAGGACUGGAAGCUUCCACGGCCCCGGCCACAUCGGCCUGCGGAGGGACGACGGCAGCGACAGCCCCAAGGAGCUUAAGCGGCGCAACUCGUCCAGCUCGGUGAGCAGCCGCCUGAGUAUCUAUGACAACGUGCCGGGCUCCGUCCUCUACUCCAGCUCGGGUGACCUGGCCGACCUGGAGCACGAGGACAUCUUCCCCGAGCUGGACGACAUCCUCUACCACGUGAAGGGGAUGCAGAGGAUAGUCAACCAGUGGUCGGAGAAGUUUUCGGAUGAGGGGGACUCUGACUCCGCCCUGGACUCGGUCUCUCCGUGCCCGUCGUCUCCCAAACAGAUCCACCUGGAUGUGGACAAUGACCGAGCCACGCCCAGUGACCUGGACAGUACCGGAAACUCACUGAAUGAGCCGGAGGAGCCCUCCGACAUCCCGGAAAGGAGGGAUUCGGGGGUCGGGGCCUCUCUGACCAGGUCCAAUAGGCACAGGCUACGAUGGCACAGUUUCCAGAGCUCCCAUCGUCCGAGCUUGAACUCUGUAUCACUGCAGAUUAACUGCCAGUCUGUGGCCCAGAUGAACCUGCUGCAGAAGUACUCGCUCCUAAAGCUGACCGCCCUGCUGGAGAAACACACACCUUCGAAUAAGCACGGUUUUAGCUGGGCUGUGCCCAAGUUCAUGAAAAGGAUCAAGGUUCCAGACUAUAAGGACCGGAAUGUGUUCGGGGUCCCUCUGACAGUCAACGUGCAGCGCACAGGACAGCCCCUGCCCCAGAGCAUUCAGCAGGCCAUGCGCUACCUCCGCAACCACUGUUUGGAUCAGGUUGGGCUUUUCAGAAAAUCAGGCGUCAAGUCCCGGAUUCAGGCUCUGCGCCAGAUGAAUGAAAGUGCCAUAGACUGUGUCAACUAUGAGGGACAGUCUGCUUAUGACGUGGCAGACAUGUUGAAGCAAUAUUUUCGAGACCUUCCUGAGCCACUAAUGACGAACAAGCUCUCGGAAACCUUUCUGCAGAUCUAUCAGUGUGUGCCCAAGGACCAGCGCCUCCAGGCCAUCAAGGCUGCCAUUAUGCUUCUGCCUGAUGAGAACCGGGAGGUUCUACAGACGCUCCUUUAUUUCUUGAGCGAUGUCACAGCUGCCGUAAAAGAAAACCAGAUGACUCCCACCAACCUGGCUGUGUGCCUAGCGCCUUCCCUUUUCCACCUCAACACCCUGAAAAGAGAGAAUUCUUCUCCAAGGGUGAUGCAAAGAAAACAAAGUUUGGGUAAACCAGAUCAGAAAGAUCUGAAUGAAAACCUCGCCGCCACGCAGGGGCUGGCCCAUAUGAUUGCUGAGUGCAAGAAGCUCUUCCAGGUUCCUGAGGAAAUGAGUCGAUGUCGGAAUUCCUACACAGAGCAGGAGCUGAAGCCCCUCACCCUAGAAGCAUUGGGACGCCUGCGAAAUGACGAGGCAGCCGACUACCAGCACUUCCUCCAAGACUGUGUGGAUAGCCUGUUUAAAGAGGUGAAGGAGAAGUUUAAAGGCUGGGUCAGCUACUCUACAUCUGAGCAGGCUGAACUGUCCUAUAAGAAGGUGAGUGAAGGGCCCCCUCUGAGGCUCUGGAGGUCAACCAUCGAAAUCCCUGCAAUGCCUGAGGAAAUCUUAAAGCGCCUACUUAAAGAGCAGCACCUCUGGGAUGUAGACCUGUUGGAUUCCAAAGUGAUUGAAAUCCUAGACAGCCAAACCGAAAUUUACCAGUAUGUCCAAAACAGUAUGGCACCUCACCCUGCCCGGGACUACGUCGUUUUGAGAACAUGGAGGACUAAUUUACCUAAGGGGGCAUGUGCCCUUUUACUCACCUCUGUGGAUCACGACCGGGCACCUGUGGUGGGGGUGAGAGUCAAUGUGCUCCUGUCCAGGUAUCUCAUCGAACCCUGCGGGUCAGGGAAGUCCAAACUCACCUACAUGUGCAGAGCCGACUUAAGGGGCCACAUGCCAGAGUGGUACACAAAAUCUUUCGGACAUUUGUGUGCGGCUGAAGUUGUGAAGAUCCGAGACUCUUUCAAUAAUCAGAACACUGAAACCAAAGACCCCAAAUCUAGGUGAUUACUGAAGCCAAGCGACUGCGUCCACUGUCUGGAUAUUUGUUUCUAGAAUUCUUGCCAGUCCUUGGAAGAAUGCAUUCUGAGUCUAACCUGAAACAAAGAAAACGACAAGUUGGAGUAUAGGAAUUGACUAUCGCGAUUUAAGACAUUUUCAAAGCUGCUUCCUGUUUGUUUAAGGUUUAGAGUAUAGACCUUGACUGGAAUAUAGAAGACUGUGCAAAAAAAAAAAAAUUAUUCUUAUUCAAAUUGCUUCUGAGAAGCAAAACUAUAAAUACAUUACGGAAAAUAAUGAAGAUACUUCAUUCUCUUGUGAUACUGGCGUAUGUGUACCUAUGUCAUUUUAUUUGCAGCGUGUUGAGGGACUGGUGUAUCCACUGGAAUAGUUGGUACUCUUUGACAUGUUUCUCACUGAGAUGAGCAAAGAAAGGUUUGCACAGAGGAGUGUGUGUAUGUGUGUUUGUUGCUGGUUGAAUGGCACAGAUGUAUACGCUGGAAUGCAGUGGCUGGCACACUGAGGCGCCUCCAAGGAGGAUACUGAUGCGUCAGGUUCAGUUUAACCUGGAAUAUCUGACUGCCCAUGGAUCCAUCCAGGAAGGGAACCCAACACCCUUGCCCACUUGUUUUUUUAUUUUCCCAAGUUAUUAAGCACAUUCCUUUUUUUUUUUUUUUUUUUUAAACCAACCUCCUCUUUCCUUAAAGUAAUUGUAGUAGAUUGAUUCUGGUGUCCCAUCUCAAACACAGUAUAUCUUUAGAUCUGAUUGCAAACAGUGAUAUAGUUUUUACUAUAGACACAGUAUAGAUCAGUUCAGGGAAAAAACUCUGCCCCUCCCCCCAUCCCCACCCUUCAUUGCUCCAAAGCAGUUUUAUUUGGGGUUUUUGUGUUUGUUGUUUAUGUGUUUGUUUUUUAAGUCGAGAUGUAACAAGUGAACACUAGCAUCUGCUCCUCAAUCAGGCCCCAGAACUUUUUACCUGUUGGAAUUCUUUUUUUCUCAUGUUCAUAACCAAAACUCUUGAAAACAUAGGAAACUAUGUCUGUCUCAAGGAAAUCCCUGUAAAUUUAAACCAAGAUAUUAAAUUUUAACAACAGGCAUGGAUUGUUGUUAUUCACAACGUUUCUGAAGGCUGCACAUACUUAGUAAUUGGAUUUGGCCUUUUCAGCAAAUGGGUUUUCUGGCUUUAUGACUUUUUUCCCCCUUGGCUUUGUUUUCCCUACCUUUCUUUUUCUUUUCCUUUAUAUUGAUGCCCCUGGAAUGUAUGUUAGUGGUAAAGGAAAAUAGCUAUCACAGGAAGAAAACUCAAAAAAGUACCAGCACAGUUUUUUGGAAGGGUGGUCUUUAUACAGGUUUUACUGUAGCCAUAAAGAUUGACUCAUGAGACAGUAUUAGUGACUUUAUUUUGUAUGGAUCAAAAGUGAAUAAUGUAUGAAUGAGAGUUGUAAGAAGGAGUUUUAUUUUGUUAUAUUAUAGUUACCGUUGUCAGUGUUAUUUCAAAGGUUCUUUGAAGAAUUUGCAGCGGGGGGAAGAUUAGAGUUUUAAAAUUUGGGUAUUUUGGAUAUCAGUGUUCCUCAUGAAGAUAUACUUGUAUAUUCAAUUUUAAUAGCUUUCAGAUUUGUAAGAUUGUGUGUUGUAUUGUAUAUACCAUUCUAUUAAGAUAAAGAAACGUGUCCACAUGUCCACUGUGCUUUCAAACCUAGAUAAAGCAUGAUAAAAAUUAUUAUUUAAAAUAUACUUGUAUUUAUACCUCAGAUAUUCUUUUGGGUUUUGUACCUCAAGGCUUUUUUUUUUUCCUAAUGUAAAUACACUUUACAUGAAUACAGUCUAAGUGAAAAAAAAAUAAAAGAAGAGGUUUAUAACUUGCUCUAUAUCUGUACAGAAUAUAACCCAUAAGUGCACUAUUAAAUGUUUAAAGUAAGGGAAAGGUCUGGCCUGCUUUCCUCUGUAUUGCAUCUCACUCUUCCCCUCAGAACCACAGAUUGCAAAGCGUAUCAUCCUGGCGUCAACCAAAAUGAAAAUCGAAUUUGCUGAAGGAAAAAUCGGACUGCAAACAAUUCCAAGGCCGAACUGCGACUGAGCCACCCACUAACAAACAGGAAGCCCUGGUGAAGGUUCAGGAAGCACGGAGAUUCUCUCCUAACAAAGGUCGUUAGGAAACGAUGCUGAGAAAGUUACAAGAAUAAGGAAUCGGCAAGAGAAAGAUGCUCGGAAGCAAAGCCAAGGUCACCAUUUAAUUCCACAAAAGGUCUCUUUCCCACUGUUCAGCUUUCCUUGGAAAGGAUUCCUUACAUAUUUGACAACAGGAGAAUUCAGAGGGCGUGAACGUUCCAAGAAUUCUGUGUAAGUCACCUAACGUGAUACGCCACAACUUCCUAAUUGUGACUCAUUGCCUAGAUUGUAAGCUCUUCGAGGGCAGGGCUCUCCUACACAUCUUUAUAACCCCCUACAGCAGCUUUCAGUGUUUUGUACUAGUCGGCACCUAAUAAAUUUAUUUGCUAAAUGGAA